AUGGGAAGCAUAGAAGAAAAGGUCGUCAGCGACAUCACUCUUCCAAGCCACAUUCCAGAAUCUGCCCAAACACCCUCGCAAGCGCCUGUACCCCGCCUCUUCUCGCUCGAGAGACGCACGAUUGCAAUAACAGGUGCUGGGCGCGGGGUCGGUAUCAACCUCGCUGCUGCGGUCCUCGAAGCGGGUGGACACGCUGCCUGUAUUGACGUACUGCCAGAGCCGUCGCCGGUCGAAUGGGCGUCCUUACAGAAACUUGCGAAAUCAUCAAAUCUUACAAUCUCAUAUCAUAAAUGUGACAUAACUUCCGAGGAAAGCAUUUCUGAGACUUUGGAUACAAUUGCAAACGAGGCGUUAGAAGCAAAAGCACCACUACACGGCACAAUUGCAUGUGCUGGAAUUCAACAAAAAGCACCUGCUGUUGAUUAUCCAAUGGAUGGAUUCCGGAAGAUCAUGGAAGUCAACGUCACCGGAACCUUUUUGACAAUCAAACAUUCUGCUAGAAUUUUCAUGAAACAGCAAACUCCUGGAAGCAUUGUCAUGAUUGCAUCCAUGUCGGGGCAGAUUGCCAACAGGGGAUUGACUUGCACGGCGUACAACUCUUCGAAAGCUGCGGUUCACCAGAUGUGUCGGUCUGUCGCUCAAGAAUGGGGCCAGCAUGGCAUUCGUGUGAACACAAUAUCACCCGGAUACAUUCGAACAGCGAUGACCGACGAAUUACUUGCAGCAGAACCCGCGUUGGAAAAGACAUGGAUGGCUGGAGCUCUGCUUGGAAGACUUGGUGCGCCCGAGGAUUUCAAAGCUCCGACCGUUUUCUUGCUCGCAGAUGGAAGCUCUUGGAUGACGGGUGCCGAUUUAAGGGUUGAUGGAGGUCAUUGUGCUUCUGCAUAA